UUGUGGGCGAUAGGCGCAUUACCUCUUCAUCUAUUAUUUGAAAUGUGAUCGUGCCACUGUUUGUCAUUAAAUACCGUUUUUGUUGUUACCUAAACAUAACCAAAAGGGAUUAAAGGGACCGUAUGUAAAGGAAUAUGGGAGGUGUGGUGGUGUGGAGAGUAGCCGACACUCCUACAGGUGGUCGCUGGGGUGGACGGCAGAGGUGAGGUAAACACUGAAGGCGGGACAAGUGUUGUGUUUCAUGAGGGUUAACAGUUGGCCCAAAACACCGCUACUCUGUUUUUACAUUAUCUACAGCCUUGUGUUAGAACUAUUAAGACAUCAGAGAUAAUGACAAUGGACUCUGUGGGCAAGUAUUUGUGGAUAGUAUGGAGCUACCUAAAGCUUUAUGCUCUGGGGUUGUGGUAUCUAGUGAAGGAACUCUGCACCCCACACAAGAAACCCUCAGGGAUAGAGAGUCAAAAUGGACGUGUGGCUAUUGUGACGGGCGGUGGGCGUGGCAUUGGCUUGGAAACUGUGCGCCGGUUCCUGGAGCUCAAUAUGACAGUUGUUAUUGCGGGUAGAAAUGUAGCUGCUCUAGAGGAGGCUGUGUCCGAGUUGCGAGCCGAGGGGAUACAAGGAGGAACUACCAAGUGCCUGGAACUUGAUCUGAUGAGGCUAUCUUCUGUCCGCAAGUUUGUUGAAGAAUUCUUUGCCCUCAAUUUUCCUCUCCAUCUUCUUGUUAAUAAUGCGGGCAUUAUGUUCUGGCCAAAGGAAAUAACAGAGGAUGGGCAUGAGUCACACUGGAGUGUGAAUUACCUUGGCCACUUCCUCCUCACCCACCUCUUGUUCCCAAGCCUGGUAGCCAACUCCACUCCAGAAAGGCCUGCUCGGGUGGUUAACUUAUCAUCAUCAGCACAUUAUAUUGGUUCCAUCAAUUUUGAUGACAUUAAUAGCAAGAAACAUUAUUGUGCUCGGGCUGCAUAUUCACAAAGCAAGUUGGCGCAGUUAAUGUUCACCAUGACGCUGGCUGAUCACCAGAGAUCUAGUGGAGGGAACGUCGUGGUCAAUGCUGUCCAUCCAGGUGUUGUGGCAACACAACUAUUUCAACAUGUUGCAUGGGCAAGAAUUUUCCCCCUGCUGGCAACAACUUUCCUCAAGGGACCUCCCCUCUGAGGGAGUGGCCACGACAGAAGAACCUCCGGGCCAUCCUAUCACUGCAUACCUCCUUUGCCCUUUCUUUUCACUUAAUCCCCUCCCCAGUUUUCUCCUUCAUUAUUCCACCUUUCCAUUCCAGUAUGUCUGUUCUCUCACUCUACCCAGUGAACCUAUUACAUUUUUCUAUACUUCUGUACUGUACACUGUUACAUCUUUACUGUCCUCCCCUCCCUCAUUCUUCUCACUUACCCAUACUAUCUCAGAAAGCCUCAUCUGUUACAUUCAACAUUAGUUUAAAACAUUCUCUCCAUCUCACCUUUACUUACUCCUUGUAUAAUGUUCCCUCUUGUUAUUCUUACCUGGUUCUUUUGAUCUUUUGUAGCAUAUUCAUUUCCUUCCAAAACAGCUUCUUGUCCUCUUUAACACCUGACAACCUUUCUACCCUUCUUUUGUCUUCUCUUUUUUUCUUCCUGAGGUGAGAGGCUGAACCCAGCUCAGUUGUAAAAGUUGGAAGUGGCUGGAAGAAGUUCAUACAGCUGGUGUGAGAAGUGAAAUAUUGGCAGUGAGACUUAGACAGUUAUAGAGGAUGACAAAUGUAGUGAGGUGAAAUAAGAAUAGUGAGGUGAAUGUGAGAUGUGGCAUUGAAAGAGAGGAAAUCUUAUUUAGAGUUAAGAGGGCAGCUGGGUAUUGAGAGUAUUGCGUUGGUGAUGUUUAGUUUAGAAGUACAGUACGUUGAGAUGAUUUGGGCAUGUGGAGGAAAUGGAAGAGACCAAUUGGGUCAAAAGAUGCAGAAGUCUGACUUUGGAGAGGAGGAUAGCCAAGGUUAGGCCAAGAAUGACAUGGAGAAGAUGUUGUAAGAAAUGACCUUGGAUAUAAACUUAUGUCUGUAUGGUAAGGAGCUUCCAUCUGGUAAUCAUGACCAACCUUUGAAAGAGUGGGAAAACAGCUGUGAAACUGUGAUGAUGACCAUAUUUUUUAACCCCGUUCUGUCGUCUCUAUGCUUUUCUCUUCCACCUUUCCUAUCUUUCAAUUAUUACCUGUCGCUCUUGUACCCACACUCCUUGGUUGCUCUUCUGGGUCAGGAUUUAUAAACUGUUCUCACUCCUUUUCAACUCCUACUUCACCCAUAUAUAUGUUACCCUUCUCACCUCAGUUAUUUCUUUAAUAUUUUCAGCCACAUUAUCAUUCCUCAACUUUUUUAUUUUUUUAACCACUUCCUCAUUUAUUAGUCAGUUGCGUGGUACAACUUCCAUUCUCUGUUACUGUAUUUUUGCUUCUUCCAAAUAAUGUUCUGUCGCUCUUUUGCACAGCUUCUUAUAGAACGUUUACAUCCACCAUCUUACAUUUCAGUCUUCAUUCCACUAACAACUGGUGAUCUUCUCUUUGUCUUCUGUUAAUUUAUGGAUGUCUUUAUUUUUGAAACCAUAAACUGUAUUUCCUAUUAUCAUGCAAAUUUAUCUCAGUUUCUCUCCCUUUCCUUUCAUUCUUGACACUCGUUAUUAUCUGAAAAUUCUGUCCAUUUUCCUGUCACUCAUUCUCAUGUUUGAAGCUUCCAUCUCUUUCUCUCACAGUGAAGCUUUCAGUGUAGUAAUUCAGAUCUUUCUAAAUCUCUCUUUCCUCCUCCCUCCUUUUCACUCCUUGGGGUACAUGCACUCACAAUAACCCAUCUCUUAUACCCAUGAUAUUCUGGGAUUGACCCUCAGGUAGUGGGCAACUACCAAACAGGGAGGUGGUACUGCAUGGGAAGAUAUUGGAAGCAUAAUGUGUUGUCUAAUGGUAGACCCUGC